CUUGCCAUUCUUCCUCUCUUCCAUUCUACCCGUCCUCUGCUCUCUCUAUAUUAGACUAUUCUCACCCCCACCUCGUUCACAGAAACACCGCGCAGAUCUCGCCGGAGAGAGCACGAGAACUCCGAUAUUAGGCUGCUCUCUGGUACCGUUCUCGAUCGCGAUCUCUGCGAAACCUUUGCCCCCUCUGUCGUUUCAAGUUCUAUUUCUCAGAAAGAAUGGAUCUGGGAUGUCUUUGUUAGAGAUUUGUUCGUAAAUCUAUGCUAUAGUUUCACCAGGUACCGGAAGCCCAUUCGAGAGGAUGCAGCGCAUACCAGCAACGAUCGAGGAGCAGCUUCUUUUAAAGGCGAUCAGGGAAGAAUGCCCAUGGGAGAGUCUUCCGAAAAGGCUUCAAGCUAUCCUGUCGUCGAAAGAGGAGUGGCACAGGAGGAUAAUAGAGUAUUGUAUCAGAAAACGACUACAAUGGAAUAACUGUUUUGCACGUAAAGUUUGUAAGGAAGGAGAAUAUCAUGAAGAGAUGAUGCGUUAUUUGCGUAAAAAUCUUGCAUUAUUUCCAUAUCAUCUUGCAGAAUAUGUUUGUCGAGUGAUGAGAAUCUCACCAUUUAGAUAUUACUGUGACAUGAUCUUCGAGGUUAUGAAGAAUGAGCAACCAUAUGACAGCAUCCCUAAUUUCAGUGCUGCAGAUGCCUUGAGGAUUACAGGAAUUGGAAGAAAUGAAUUUAUUGAUAUUAUGAAUAAGUGCAGAUCAAAGAAAAUAAUGUGGAAGCUCAACAAGUCAAUUGCAAAAGAAUUACUGCCCACACAGCCUGUGGACUUCUCAAUUGAAACGUGGUGGGGAGUUUGCCUUGUUAACUUUACACUCGAAGAAUUUAAGAAACUCACAGAAGAAGAAAUGGCGACAAUAGACAAAGUGUGUAAGGAGGAAGCAAAUUCAUUUGUUCUCUUUGAUCCUGACAUCAUAAGAGGUCUUUAUAGAAGGGGACUAAUCUACUUUGAUGUCCCUGUGUAUCCUGAUGAUCGUUUUAAAGUUUCCAGGCUCGAAGGUUUUGUUUCUAACAAAGAGCAGUCCUAUGAAGAUCCCAUUGAAGAGUUAUUGUAUGCUGUUUUUGUUGUCUCGAGCGAGAAUGCCACUGUUGCUGAAUUGGCUGCAACAUUGCAGGCUGAUCUUUCUCAGCUACAGGCUGCUGCAUCAUUUGCUUGCCGACUGGGCUGGGCUAUAAAGCUUAUAGAUCCAGAAUCUGUUCUUCAAGAUUCAAUAAUACCUGGCUAUCCUAGUAAUAUACUCAGUGAUGAUGAAGAUGGUUCAAAUGCUAGUGUCAGCUCAGAAAAAUCUGCUCAACAAGUUCAUGGUUCAGGAACCGAAAAGCCUAGGCCAGUUUCCAAUAAUGCUCAUGUUGCCUUUGUUGUGGAUGCUAAUAUAACUUCAUAUCUAAUGAUGGGUUCUCUUUCACCAGGACUGAAGUCUCAUGCUGUGACACUCUAUGAAGCAGGAAAACUUGGUGAUUCUUGCAUUGCAGAACUUUGCAAGGAUCUUGCUACGUUAGAAGAAAAGUUUGAGGGUGAAUUGCAGGAAUUUGCUAACCAUGCAUAUAGUCUUCGAUGUAUUCUGGAGUGCCUGCAAUCUGGUGGAGUGGCUACUAAUGAAGUGGUUGGUAAAGCUAGUGAUCAAGUUGAUGAGCAGCUUUCCUCUAAUGAGGCUACUUCCCUUACAGUUGAUAGAAACACUAUUGAGAACUCUGGUUAUUCUAACAUUAAUGAAGCAAAGACACUAUGCAAUGAUGAUAUGGAACUGCCUCAACUUGAUUCCUCUGCAAAUGAAUCCAAUGCUACAGAUGUUCCUCCUGACUCAUUUUCAACCACUUCAACUGAAAGUAAUACCUUCACACCAAACAAUGAUUUGCAGAAUGAUCAGAACGUAAUGUUGGUAGAGGACCCACAUGCUGAAAAAACAAUUUUGAAGAGAAAAAGGAAAUACCGUGUUGAUAUCCUUCGUUGUGAAAGCUUGGCUGCUCUUCCACCAGCAACACUGGAACGUUUACUUCUUAGGGACUAUGACAUUAUUGUAUCUAUGGUUCCGCUUCCUUCUUCAUCAGUCUUACCUGGACCUUUAGGUCCCAUCCAUUUUGGACCACCUUCUUAUUCUUCUAUGUCACCGUGGAUGAAGCUAGUAUUGUAUACAAGUAUGUCUAGUGGACCACUUUCAGUUGUUCUAAUGAAAGGACAGCGCCUACGAUUGGUUCCUGCACCAUUAGCAGGCUGUGAAAAGGCCCUGAUAUGGUCUUGGGAUGGAUCUGUAAUAGGAGGACUAGGAGGCAAGUUUGAAGGGAAUUUGGUUAAUGGAAAUGUACUUCUACACUGUUUAAACUCAAUGCUCCAGCAUUCAGCUGUGCUGGUGCAACCUCUGAGUAGAUAUGAUCUUAAUAAGUCUGGAAGAAUUGUUACAGUGGAUAUUGCUCUACCCCUUAAGAAUUCUGAUGGAUCACUUCCACCCAUAGCAUCGGAGUUGGGAUUUUCCAUGGAAGAAAGUGCCAAUUUAAAUUCAUUAUUAGAUGAACUCUCAAGGAAAGCCGAGUUAUGCACGUUAGGUUAUAUUCGCCUUUUAAGACUUCAGAAGGAAAGUGAAUCUGACAUGUUUCUCCCUGAUAAUGAAAAAUAUGAAUGGGUUCCAUUAAGCAUGGAAUUCGGAGUCCCCCUGUUCAAUCCAAAAUUAUGUAGUAGAAUAUGUGAAAGGGUGGUUUCAUCACAUUUACUACAAGCAGACUCACUUAAUGAACAUCAUGAUGCGAUGCAGAGUUUAAGAAAGAGGUUACGUGAAAUUUGUUCUGAAUACCAAGCAACUGGUCCUACCGCAAAGCUCUUUUAUCGCAUAGAGCAUGUAAAGGAGUCACCCCGCCAUUUGAUCAACUAUGCUAGUGGAAGGUGGAGUCCACUGGAUCCUUCAACACCAAUCUCUGGAGCCUCCAGUGAACGCCAGAGGCUCAAGCUUGCUAAUCGACAGCAGUGCCGGACUGAAGUUCUAAGUUUUGAUGGGAACAUACUCAGGUCAUAUGCACUCAGUCCUAUAUGUGAGGCUGCUACCAGACCUAUUGAAGAAUCAACUUCCACAAAUACAGCAAAACUUGAAUCAGAUGAUACAGAUAGUAGGGAAGUAGUCCUGCCAGGUGUCAAUCUAUUAUUUGACGGAUCACUGUUGCACCCAUUUGAUAUAGGUGCUUGUUUGCAAGCCCGUCAACCUGUUUCAUUAAUAGCAGAGGCUUCAGCUGCAUCUGCCUCUUUAUAUGCAACCAUAGGCUCAUGACUUAAAGAUUAGUGUUGAAUGGUGGGUCCAGAAAUUGAUGGGUUGGAAUAUUCUCCUCCACAUCACUGGUAGUGCAGUUGGCAUCUUUCAGUUGCUUGUUUGAAUCUCUCCCCCUCAGGAUUUGGCUGUUGUGAGUUUUAGAUUUUCUACUUCAUACUCAGGGAUUGUUUGUUUCAAGCAUCGAAGUGUACCUAUUAAGGUAUGUUGAGUCUAACUGUAUUUAUGCGGCCAUUCUAUUUUUAUUCAUUAAUGUUCAUGCAGAUGAGUCUUUUAUCUGAGAAAGAAUUGAUUGAGUUCCUUGAAA